GACGACCUAAUCCCUUUUUGGGAUUCCUCCUUCGGUCUCAUUUAUAUCGGGCGUUUGACAAUGUCUCUGAUCCCAAAAGGGAUUAUGGACGACAUAGUUUAAUAUCAGUAAAGAUUCUUACCUAAUCAGUAACUCCCUAGCAGCAGCUAACAUGUAAAUAAAUGUGUGUGGUUACAAAGAUACGCUAGCUUAUUGCACAUUUUUGGAGAUACUUGCACAUAAAAAGUCAACUUACUAUAUUGUUAAUCAUAGUUCACAUAAUCAAAUUUGUACACAACAGAGUGAUCUCUUUUACUAAUAAGUCAAACACAAUCCUCAUCAUUCUUUCCAAAUAUUUGACAUAAUUAUUAGCGCGAAGACAAUGACCAAUGUUCACGGCUCUCAGAAAUAGAAGUGGGCUCCAGAUGUCCACCAUACUUCUUACUGUAAAGUUCAGCUCUUCAUGUUCCUGUCCUGUUGAAGUGGAUAUCGAUUCAAGUAUUCUCGAUGUGAAAUCAACCUUGUCUAAACAACUCCAGAUUCCCACAGAUGAAAUACAGAUCAUUCUAGCAGGAAGAGUCUUGGAGGAUAAAUCUACAAUAAAGGACCUGUGUAUCAGUAACUGUUCAGUUCUACAUGCCUUUCAACAGAAACAACCAGAAAUUGACAUCAAACUGAGAGAAGGUGCAGUAGGUGGUGAUACCAGUACAACAUUUAGGAAAGUUGAGCCAUAUUACCAGUACUUUGUCUACUGUAAGAAGUGCCAAUGUCUACAACCAGGAAAACUGAGGGUCAGAUGUCAGGCCUGUAACGAUGGCUACAUCAUUCUGUCUAGGGAUCCUGAGAAUUUUGACGAUGUGUUACAAAGUGGACGUAUUCAAGGAGAAUGUAAAAGUGAGCAAUGUAAUGGACAACAGAGGGAGGCGAAUUUUUUUUUUAAAUGUACUGGACAUCGAAGUGAAGAAGGUGAUACAGCUGCAGUGUUAAAACAUACACGACCGAACAGGAAGCGUAGAGCUUGUAUUGUCUGCUCAGAUAUAGGGUCUCCUGUAAUGGUGUUUCCAUGUGAACGACACCAUGUCAUCUGUCUUGAUUGUUUUAAAUCCUACGGAGUUGUGAGGCUAAAUGACAGAAGUUUCACAGAAGAUGAAAAUAUAGGAUAUAGUCUACCAUGUCCAGUUGGUUGCCGUAAUUCUUUACUUGAAGAUGCUCAUCAUUUCUGCCUUUUAGGAGUCGAUCAGUAUGAAAGGUACAAGAACUUUGCUACAGAGGAGUAUGUGCUGCAGAAUGGAGGAGUGCUGUGCCCUGCAGUAGGAUGUGGCGCUGGAUUCCUUCUUGCUGAGGUUUCCCGCAAGGUUACCUGCCCUACUUGUCAGUAUACAUUCUGUGGAGAGUGUAAGCUGGAGUACCACGAGGAUCCAGACUGUCAAGCUUUGGUCAUACAGGAGUCAUCCUCACAGAAUUAUAUUGUUAGUGAGGAACAAGAGCUAAGGGCAAGAUGGAACCUUGAAUCACUGGAAACAAUAGGACGUAUUUCCAAACCCUGUCCUAACUGUAAAACCAAUACAGAGAAAGCAGGUGGCUGUAUGCAUAUGAGUUGUUCACGGUGUUAUUUUGAAUGGUGCUGGAUGUGCGAAAAAGAAUGGACAAGAGAUUGUCAAGGCAAUCACUGGUUUGGAUGACCUUUUUCUCUGGAACUACAUAAAACUGGGCUACCUGUGUUGACAUGGAGCAAGGACCUUUACCUUAUAGCAUUGUCGACUUGAACUGAUACGUUUACUUAUCUUAGUGUAAUAAAAACAUUGACUAACCUAGAUGUCAGAAAAUACAUGUGUGUAUAAUUCAGCUACAAAAAUACAAGUCAUACUUUCAAUUUGGAUUGAAUAUCUCCUGUUUGUAGUGAGAAAUUAAUAAUAUUGAAUAAAUUUGAACAUGAAUUUGUAUAGAAA